AUGUGUGCCUCCUCCCUCUUCGACCUGACGGAUCGCGUCGCCUUGGUCACUGGCGGAGGCACGGGAAUAGGUUACAUGAUAGCGCAGGGGCUGGCGGCAAACGGCGCAAAGGUUUACAUCUCGGGACGGAGAGGAGACGUCCUGGCGAAUGCAGCGCGGGAAUUCGAAGGAAAGGGAGAGCUCAUUCCCCUCCUCAUGGACGUCACCUCCAAAGCCAGCAUCCUCGCUGCCAAGGACAUUAUCGCCGCCGCCGACGGCCGCCUCGACAUCCUCGUCAAUAACGCGGGCCAGUCCGGUCCCCGCUCGAUGUGGAUGAGCGAUGCGUCCGCGCCGCAGAAUGGCGAUGCGGAGGCCUUUGGGAUGGGGUUGCUUGCGGAAGAGCAAGGCCCUUUCCCCUCUGGUACACCUGAGAAGAAGGGCAAUUGGGCGGACCUAUUCGCUAUCAACACCCUCGCCCCAUUCUCUGUAACUACCGCAUUUCUGGGGCUCCUGGCGAAGGGUUCUGAGCGGCACGGCGCGUAUUCGGCGAGCGUGAUCAACGUAACGAGCAUGAGUGGGACCCUCAAGUUGGCGCAGAAUUUUUUCGCAUAUGGCGCCUCCAAGGCCGCCACUGCCCACCUCACCAAGAUUCUCGCGACCGAGCUGGCGCGCCGCAGCAUUCCCGUGCGCGUCAACGCCCUCGCUCCCGGCGUCUUCGAGUCGGAGAUGACGAGGGCCAACCUGUACCUCAAAGUCACGGAUGGUCAGGCGCAGAAGAUCGGACUGCAGCCGGUACCUGCGGGACGAAUCGGAGACCCGAACGAGAUGGCCGGUACUGCGGUGUGGAUGGCAUCUGCCGCUGGAGGCUAUCUAAAUGGGCAGGAAGUACUCAUCGACGGCGGGUGUACGACGACUAACCCGGCUCGGGGAUAG